UGAUCGUGCCUGCUUUACAUAUAUUGCUUGUGGACUUGUACUAAAUAAUCAUUCAUUUUAUGCAUCACUGCAUACUCAUGAUUCUUUCGAAACUGAUAAUCACCAAGAGCAUAAUGAAACAUUGCAUAAUACGGCCAUUCUUAACAAAGAGACUCAAGAGUUGCAAAAGUUUAAUACGGAACAAACUUUUGCAGCCGAUAU